AUGACCGAGUCCACCCAGAAUACUUGCGCCGAGUUCUCGAUCAUUUUCGCUUUCAUUCAGAUCAACGUUAAUGGCUUCCUCUCUCGCCCUCUCACACAAUUGGGCGGUCUCCGUCAAGACGACCCUCUCUCUCCUAUAUUGUCCAAUUUGGCCUUUGGACCUUUGUUUGUAGCUAAUAUGCCUUCUAUUAAACUUCUAGCUUACGCAGACUAUCUUCUGGUACUUCUUCCUGAUCCUGCUCACCUUGCCAGACUCCACACACAACUCACCAACUAUUCCGCUACGUUUAAUGCGCGUAUCAGCCUCCGCAAAACGCAAGCCUUCUCACUCUUUGGUAGUCCUCUUCCUGAACGGUACUCCACUCUCCGUGGUGAUAACGUUACCGAUUAG